AUGGGUUUGUUGUUGUUGUUGGCGAAUGCGCUCGGCUACUGGAGGCGUCCGGGACACAACCACGGCAUGGGAGCCUGUGCCGCAGGCAACAGCAGCCUGAUGCAGGAGCACUGGGAUCUGAGCGAGGAGCGUUGUUCGGUGCUGUGCAUCCAGGCCGGGUCAGAAUGCCUCGCCUACGAAUACUCCCGCCUGGGUGGCCGGGGCCAGUACAGUAAAUGCGAGCUUCACAGCGAAGCCAUCCAAAGGACCGUCCCGUUACCGGGCGCAGUCGUCUGCCGAAUGAAGCCGGAAGCGUCGACGACAAGUUCUUGGGUGCCGGCACACCCGUCAGUAUUGUCAGUGCCGCCAGCACCGCCAUGGCUGCAACCACCAACUUCGCCGCCGGCCGUGAGGCUCAUCCUUGACACCGACAUGGGGUGUGGCGCUUGCCGCGACGUCGACGACGUCGUUGCCCUGUGCGCCCUCCAUGCGCUGGCGGACAACGGCGAGGUGGAGCUGCUCGCUGUUGUGCAGGACAGCGCGCCGCCCGCAGGAGCAGGCGUCAUCUCUGUGGUGAACCACUUCUACGGCCGCGACCACAUACCGAUUGGCGCGUACAAGGGGUCUGGGCUGACGCUGGCGGGAGAGCCUCCGCUCACGUUUGUCGACAGUGUCCUGAAAGCCUUCCCUUCGCCGAUCCGGAACGCCUCACAGGUGCCGGACGCCGUCGACGUGUACCGGCGCGUGCUCGCCGCCUCGCCGCCGCGUUCAGUCACAAUCGCGUCUGUCGGCUACGCUUUGGUGGCCGAAAAGGUGGCUCUCCUCUCAAUCAUGGCGGGAGACUACCCGACGAGCGGGCCUCGCUUCGCCGAGUGCAAUGCGUGCGGCUGUUUCAACGGCGCGGACGCCGUCUCCAGGGCGACCGCCGCAGCCGCGUCCUCUUUCGUCGCAGCAAACGUGCCGCCGUCCGUCCGUACCAUCUACCUCGGGUUCCGCGACGGGGACGUGGUGACGCGGCCUUACGGAGUGGACUCUAGGCACGCCCUGAUGGACUUUCGCGACCGGGCGGGCUGGGGGUGGGGCCCGGGAGGCCGCUCCAGCUACGACCCGCUAGCCGCCCUCCUAGCGGUGCGCGGAGUCAGCCGCGAGGGCGUGGGCUUGAGCGAGUGCACGCAGUGCGACGGCGUCAACUCGAUCGACCCAAAGAGCGGCAAGAAUGAGUG